AUGGAAACAAUAAACAGGAACACGAAGAGGAACGAACUUCGCAUUUCAGAUGUUGAAGCUCACCUUAAGGUCGCCGUUUUGAGGAAAAGAGCAGGUAACGAGGGGAAACUGUCAAAGGGUAAGUAAAAUUUUAUUUGCAAGUCGAUGAUGAUUUGCCCUAAGGAAUCCGGCUUCAUCCCAUGAAAUUAGCCCGUCUCCAAUAAUUUGGGGCGAUUUAGUUUCAUCUUAACGGUACACUAAUUCACAACAUAGAUUCAAAGAAGGCAAUCUUAGUACUAAAUCCCGAUCAUUUCUAUCGGUGCUUUCCUAGAUGGAAGCUCAGCAACGCAUACACAUACCAUUCCCCAUCGAUCAAUGUGUCUACGACGGUAGUUUUGCAUGAAUGGGCAUUGUAGCAAUAACAUUUACACUAGGAGGCACCCCAAAUUCCCAAAUUUUGUAAACUGCUCAAUAGUGAGUAGAUUAUUAGACACUCAAAUUUAAUGGUUCCAUUGUCUCUAUACAAUUUCGUUCUUAGGUUUAUCAGCAGAGAAGGUACUGUAAAAGAUUAUUUGUACAUUUACGUCUAGAUUUUGCGACAAUUGCGUUAUUCUCAUUGCAAACCUUUUUCUUUUAUAGAGAGAGUAAGACAAAAGCCUAAACUCUUUGGGGCAAUAUAUGUGAUUUCCACCAAAUCAUCGCUAAAACUCUACAUUAGAUUGAACGAUGCUUCCUUCGUUUAUCAUGUAGAAAAUAAAUUAUCAAAUGGCUCGAAAAUGGUUAGACAUGUUGCCAAAACCAUCAUGGUUCAAGCAGAUAAGUGACUUGACAAAUUAUUUUGUGUCAAAAAGUUUUCAUCAAGGUAGUUUAGUCGUCUUGAUCUAGAGAUGAUUACUCUAUGAGGUUAUUAGCCACUGACCUCGGAAAAUGAAUGACAGAUAACAGGACAUAAGGUGAAAUAUGGACUGAACCAGUGGACCCUUACUCCAUUGGGCUAGUUUUUGGACCAUUUUUUGGACCAUUUAUGUGGACCAAUUUUUAGACCCUUUUUUGGUUCAAUUUUUGAACCGCUUAAUCACGGGGGAGGCAGACCAUUAGUACUUAGGGAGGGUUGGGAUGCAGUCUAUCAGUACUCAGGGAGGGGUGCAGGUGGUAGACAGACUUUUUCUACUAAGAGAGGGGUGGAAGACGAACUAUUAGUACGCAGGGAGGGGUGGGAGGUUGCUGAGGUAGUAGAUGCUACUGAUUAAUGGAGUUUUUACUGGAUCAUACAAAUUAUUUGAGCAGUUUUUCGACUGACUAUUUUUAUGUCAAAACUUUUGCGCUGGACCAUAACGUUUCUUUUUUUUUUCGCGCGAAUACGAAACUAGCACCUAAACACUGGAUUAUCAUUGUUAUUGAAAAUAUCGCCAAUUCCCGUUCUCGAAUCGACUCAUUUUAUCCAACUUUAAAAUUUGAUUAAAUCACGCUGAAUCAUUUCCCCAAAAAAAUUCUUCGGAGAUUGAAAAGAACUAAAAUUCACCUUGCAAAAGCCGGAUUUUCAGUCAAUCAUUUUGUGAAGCACAUAGUUAAAUAGCGGGUUACUUUUGACCUAUUUUUUAACUAAUUAGAAGUAGGUCGGAUAAAUUCAAUUAGAUUGUGUAAAUAGAUGGUAAGGUUGCUGUCAACCUAUGUUUUGAUGUUGUUCUCAAAAUUUGAUAUUUUUUAAUCAAACAAGGUGUAACUGUUUCCAAGAAAGACAAGCAUCUAAUUUCUCCUGAAUUUCACCCCUGAAUCAAGCAUUAUGGUCAUGAGAAUAGAGGAAAUAAAUACCAAAUAAAGAACCUUUUGAUUGUUCAACUAAUUCUCCUUGUCACCGUCUUAGUAAAUGUAUGGAGAAUUUGCAUACUGAUUUCAGAAUAUAAAUGGCUAAUAUUUUUAUAUCUGUAAUAUACAGAUUUUGAAAGCGGAAUGGAAACACAUAAUGUGGAUUAUCACCAAAGACAGAAAAGAAAUGCUGCUUUGAGUCCAACGCCAGCAACCAUAACUUUACAACAAAUCCGCCAAGAAAUAAAUAACAAGUUCAAUGAAGUUUGUAACUCCUCAGACAGAAUAUGCCAGGCAGGACCUCCGGGACCGCCAGGAGCCCCUGGGUAUCCCGGAUAUAACGGAGAAAAAGGGGCCCCUGGAAGUAAAGGACCACCAGGUCCAUGGGGGCCCACUGGGGUUCCAGGCGAAAGUGGUGUUAGAGGACCAGUGGGACCUCAAGGAGAAAAGGGUGAAAAAGGUGACAAAGGGCCCGUUGGAGCUCGUGGUAUUAGAGGAGAGACUGGAGAGAAGGGUCGUCAAGGACAAAAAGGAUCUAUUGGCUUAAAAGGGAACACAGGGGACAGAGGAUUGGUUGGUAUUCAGGGACCUACCAGAGAAUGUGUUGUUCCACCGGAGAUCAGUGUGUAUCCAGCAUCUCAGGAAGUCUUUAUCAAUGAGACAGCAAUAUUUUUCUGUUGGGUUCAAGGCCAGACGUCGUCCAAAAUAACAUGGCGUAGACUUGGAGGUACUCUAUCUGAUGCUACCGUGGAAGAUGGUGCGCUUCGAAUCAACAGCGUAAAAAGGUCACAUGUGGGGUCGUAUAUGUGUUCAGCUAACACUGGUCUCAGAAAUCUAACGGGUUUCAGCACUUUACAAGUAAAAGGUAUGGAUAUCACUCCCUCAUUUUUCUGAUUUUUUUAAUAUUUGUUUCUUUAACACCAGUGUAGACUGCCACUUGUAAAUGAACUACACAUUUUUGUCCUUCCACAGUGGGCCGUCGACAUUGAGUGUGUUCAGAUAGCAAUUUAGCACCUUUAAUAUCGAUCACGGGAAAAGUUAUGUCUACUUGAUAAUGUUAAAAAGUAUAAUAGGUUUUAGUUGUAUAUUCUUGCUAUUUUCAACGCUAAAGGUUUUCUCCGAUGUUACCAAAAGUUGCUAUUGCUGACGGUUGCUAUUGAUCACAUGAUGUUGUUUAUUACAUGUCGGUUUUUGAAUCUAUUUUACUCUACCUUCAGAGCCACCAACAUUUGUCAAGAAACUACCAUCUUUGGUCAUUGUAGAUGAAGGCUCCGUUUUAAGUCUCUGUUGCGAGGCUGUGGGCUCUCCUCCUCCUAACGUGGAAUGGUCACGCGCUCGUCAGGUGCACUCCGCUGAUACGUCAUUGGCUUUCGAGGAACAAGGCUGCCUCGAAUACAACCUUGUUGGGUUCAACAGCAACGGGACAUAUGUCUGCCGCGCAAGAAACCGCUUCGGACUGGCAGAAACAACAACGACAGUAGUCGUCAAGACAAAAGGUGUCUUUAAAUCAAUAAUAUGACUUGCCAUCAUUCCAGUUAUCAAAUACUCAUUGCAUACCAAUCCAGAGACCAAUUCUGUCAUGACAGUAACACCAAUAGCCUACUUAAAUUAACAAAAACUGUACAGAAUUCCAAAAAUACAAACACUUGUUACAUGGUUAAGCAUCUCGGAGCGCUCUUUUCAAUAAUCAAAGAUUUAUAAGAGCGUCGUUAAAACUGACUGGGGUCACGUCCCUGAUUGUCAUGAUCUCCGACAAUAUCUUGCACGUGAGACUCAAAAUGAUGAUUAUAAUACAUGAAUAGGUGGGUCAAUAACACCAAUAAACAAACAAACAACUACAUGCCCUAGUUCCUGGCCUAUCCCGUGAGUAACUAGCCGGUAUCUUCGUCGAAAUGUGAAAAAUCCUAAGUUUAAGACAUUUGUCGUGAUAUUGCCUACAUUCAGGCUAGCGGUUAUCUCAUUACUAACAUCUAGGCGACCGUAUAAAAAAAUUGGCAUCCAACAAUUUUUCACUGUCGGUGUGAUUUAGGUUUUUCGUUUAGUUCUGUUCUGUGUGCUUUCUUGUUCUUGUGUGUUCUUAUGCCUCCCUUUCUAGAUCGAGAACCACAAAAACAUGUUGAUAUCUUCGUAAAUAUUUCCUCCCUUUUCUUAUUCAUUAUCCAUGCCUUCUUUUUAUCAACUUUCAGUACAUUCUUGUGAAGAAGUUUCAAAGAAAAUAAUGGAGAGACGUCCCGGAAGCUUCGAGCUUCUCGCGGUCAAUUUUCGAUAUAAAGUAAGUCUAGAGCCUUUAUUUCUCUUUCAGAAUAAAUACUUCCAAAGGUUCUUAAUAGUAGCAGGCAAGUCAAGAAUUUGAAGAAAACGACAAAACUUUUAAGUUUGUAAAACAUGUUUGGACAGAAACUUCUGUCAUUUUCAGUUAAUUAAUGUACAAAGCGUUGGAAGUUGAAUUUAUAGUGAGUAGAAAAUGCUAAUUAUGAUAAAUGCCGACAACAAGAAAGAGGCAAAGCAUGAAAGUGUGAGGGUUAAAAGGAUAGUUUUAAAUUUACAUGGUGUGAUUGUUGAUUCGAAGAGGGUUGUAUAUGAAUAGCCUCUUUUAUCUUAAGUUGAAACUAUCCUAUCAAUUCUCACACUUUCAAGCUUUGCCUCUUUCUUUAAAGACGAUCGCGUAGAUAAAACAAUUUUUGUUACUUUUCCUGUCCUUGGUUUGUUUUGUUGUUUGUUUUUGUUUUGUUCGGUGUUGAAUUUUUCUGUUGUGUUCUCUGUUUUUUCCUCUCCGGAUGAGAACUUUUUUAAGCCAAAUAAAGAGUUCAAUGUAGUUCGACUUUUCUUUCAGCCUUACUGACAGUAUAAACUUUAAUAAAAAAAUGUUAAUAGUCGCCAUCUUAGCAUCACCCAGGAAUCCAAAGAUUAUAAAAUAUUUUUCCGUCGAGAACAUUUCCUAGCACAUACCAGCAAGAAAGCACGCAUUUUUCAAUAGGUUGCACCUAUUUACAUCUUCCAGUCAAAAAUUCAGUCGCGAUGGCAAUUAAAAAAUUACACAUUUGAAUUUAAAAGAGACUCUUGGUGAGAGAAAAACCUUUCCUGAUGUGAAGAGGUGCCUUCUCACUUUCAUUCUCACCUCUCCUAUCCCACCCCUCCUUCUCACUGAGUGCAAGAGUUACGACUAGAUCCCAAGCCUCCCGGUGAAUAUUUCAAUUUUUUAUCUUAUGGUUUUAAAGCUGUUAGAGUACUUCAUAUCUAUCAAGGUAUUUUAUCAAUUCCUCACCAUCUUAUAACCAAAAUAAUAAAUGCCCUGCUUUUGAUUGUAAUAUAUUUGCAAUGUACUUUUAGGUCUAUUGUGAUAUCACAGUAAGUCUUGAAGGAUGGACCCUUAUCGCUCGAUUCUCAAACAGCGAUGGCAAGAAUUGGAUGCGUGACGAUGGUAGAUGGUGGUAUGACCAGCAAGCUGCCGAUGGAACAACAAAUGAUCCAUCAGUAAACGCUGAUAUGAUCUCACCAGCAUUUUGGUUGGUCAGAGGAAGCGAAUUUAAGAUCACGCGCAGUGACGACCCCAGCCACACCCCUCUGUUACAGACCACAGGUAACUGUUUGGGUGGACAAACAUUCCGAUCUAAAAUCACAAGUUAUGGCGACUUUAGAAAUGGCAAGGCCUGGGCCAGUGAUCGGUGUCUGGGAAGUUGUACGGUUCAAUAUGGCGGACAGUACCAGUCAACAGACGGGUUUCAACACGCUUAUUGCAGUGGAAGCAUCCAAAGCGAUGACAAGAUCGGCUUCUGGUGUGACUGGGAUAUUGGGGAUGGAGCAGUCAUGAUGAUUGGUGGAGGAGGAAGUAGCUGUGCACGUGCUGAUCAUGGGAUUGGGAUCACAGAAACUGGCGCAGCUUCUUUCGUUGAAGUAGGUCGUAGUGAAACUGAAUAUGACUUUGGUUAUGAUGCUGAAACGAAAACCGCUCCAUCCCUGUCCUACUCGUUGAACUUAUGGAUCCGUUAA